GUCACGGAGUGACCGAUGACAAGGCACGUCUUAACGGCCUAUAUUCUCUCUACGCACCGUGCUCAAGUUAGCAGCUUUCAGUGACCCUCAAAACGACGACGUACCCUGCGCCUCGGGACACACAAUGCGCCGUUCGCGUCGGUAUAGCAUCCUGCUGUCGAUAAAAACUGCAUUGGCAAUAUCACUUCCCUACCUGAUAAGUAUAUUAUAGAACCUUCUCACUUUUCACUUCCGAUCCAAGCAAAACCUUUGCGACCCAAUCGAUCGUGUGUCGAUCGGAAGACGAUUGUUGCUCUUGGAUCUCCUCCAAUGGCGAAGGAACCAGUUCGUGUUCUUGUUACUGGAGCUGCAGGACAAAUUGGAUAUGCUCUGGUCCCAAUGAUUGCAAGAGGUGUGAUGCUGGGUUCUGACCAGCCAGUAAUUCUGCACAUGCUUGAUAUCCCACCCGCUGCUGAGUCAUUGAAUGGGGUUAAAAUGGAGUUGGUGGAUGCUGCAUUCCCCCUUCUUAAAGGUGUUGUUGCUACAACUGAUGCGGUCGAGGCAUGCACUGGGGUCAAUAUCGCAGUCAUGGUUGGUGGUUUCCCUAGGAAGGAAGGCAUGGAAAGGAAAGACGUGAUGUCAAAGAAUGUGUCCAUUUACAAGGCCCAAGCUUCUGCCCUCGAAAAGCAUGCUGCUGCAAACUGCAAGGUUCUCGUUGUUGCCAACCCUGCAAACACCAAUGCAUUGAUCCUGAAGGAAUUUGCACCAUCAAUUCCUGAGAAAAACAUUACUUGCCUGACUAGACUGGACCAUAACAGGGCAUUGGGCCAAAUCUCAGAGAAACUGAACGUUCAAGUUUGUGAUGUUAAGAAUGUUAUAAUUUGGGGAAAUCAUUCUUCAACUCAGUACCCUGAUGUCAACCAUGCCUCUGUGAAGACACCAGCAGGAGAAAAGGCUGUUCGUGAGCUUGUUGGUGAUGAUGCAUGGUUGAAUGGGGAUUUCAUAAAAACUGUCCAACAGCGCGGUGCUGCUAUUAUUAAAGCUCGGAAGCUCUCAAGUGCUUUGUCUGCUGCUAGUGCUGCCUGUGAUCACAUACGAGAUUGGGUCCUUGGAACUCCAGAGGGCACCUGGGUAUCCAUGGGAGUUUACUCUGAUGGCUCAUACAAUGUACCGGCUGGGCUCAUCUAUUCUUUUCCUGUAACGUGUCACAAUGGAGAAUGGACGGUUGUCCAAGGGCUUAAGAUUGAUGAGUUCUCAAGGAAGAAGUUGGACCUGACUGCUGAGGAGCUGACAGAGGAGAAGGCUCUGGCAUACUCCUGCCUCUCUUGAACAGCUGCCCUAUCUUUGUCUCCCGUUUUGGUGGGGGUGUGCCCCCCCUCUCUGUGUCAUUGGGAGGGGCUAUAGUUUUGAAUAAUAAUACUACACCCUAAUUUUAAAUCUGGAGGAACUAUUGAUGUUAAAGCAGCUCUGCUUCUACUCCAUAUUGCUAUUUUUGUUGUGCAUCAAUUAUAAAAGAGUUUUUACUGCUC